AUGACGCAAGAAGAAAAUCAGGUCAUCCUUUUCUACAAGUAUCAUCCCCUAUCUGGUGAUCGUACGAUUGUCGAAGAAUAUCGUUCGGCCUUGGAAUCCUUGUGUCAAGAGUUGAAACUGGAAGGACGAAUCUUGGUGGGAUGCAAUGAACACCAAUCCGAAGGUAUCAAUGGGACGCUUUCUGGAAGUAUGGAAAAUGUCCAAACUUUUGUGCAUGCCAUGUGUCAGUAUCCUUUUGAAUCAGCAACCGCCAACAACAAAACCACCGGCACUCCUAUUUUGACGGAACACCCAUCCUUGGUCCAGACAUUUUGGAAGCAGUGUCAGCAAUUUUAUGCAAAUGCCAAGUGUGAGCCAUUGAUCAUGACGUCAGCUGAAUUCAAGUGGAGUUCGAGCAAAAACGAAAGCAAUCUCUUUCCCGAUCUGAACAUCAAAGUCGUCAAGGAGCUCAUUGGGACAGGUGGUGUCUUGGCGUCCAUUCCCUUGGAGGAGGUUCAUCAAGGAUACUUGACACCCAAAGAGUGGCAUGAACGAAUUGCCAAGUACAAGGAACAAGAAGAGGACGAUACGGUCUUGAUCGAUUGUCGGAAUACCAAAGAGUUUCAGAUUGGACAUUUCCCCAACUCGCUUGACCCAAACACCACAACUUUCAACCAGUUCCCGCUUUGGGUCAAGAAACAUUCACAGACGCUCGCUAAUAAGAAAGUUCUCAUGUAUUGUACAGGUGGCAUUCGAUGUGAAAAGGCAUCCGCUUACAUUCGUCGUACCAUUCCCAAUGUCCAAGAAGUCAACCAUUUGAAGGGUGGAAUUCACAAGUAUCUAGAUGAAUAUGGCAAGUCCAAUGACUGCUUGUGGGAAGGCAAGAAUUUUGUCUUUGAUGGACGUGGAGCCCACAAGGCUUCGGAAACGGCUGGUUCGUCAUCCACCACUUGCAAUGAUGAUAAUGAUGGUGAUGAUGGUGAUGAUCAGGCUAGUGCUGCCACUUUAAAGCCAACCAGUCCAAUUGGAACGAACGCAACCUACAAGGUGGUUGGCUCCUGCACGUAUUGUGCGGCUCCCUACGAUACCUUUGAUCCGAAAUGCGUGUGCACCGUCUGCAACGAACCAACGCUGAUAUGUCUGAACUGCCAACCUUUGUAUACCGAAUACCACUGCAAGAACCAUCAGCAUUUGAAGAAUUGCUACUUUUCGAAUCUUUCGGAAUUCUCGUUCGACCAACUUCACGACCAACUUGCCGAAUUGCAACUCAUGCUAGAGGAAAUCGCCGUGGGACGAAAGUUCAAACAAAAGCGCAAAACACUGAAGCGACAAUGCAACAAGAUUAUCAGUCGCAUCGAAGAGCUACAAGGAAGUGAUGGAAAUAACAGCAGUCGUAUAUCCACGGAAUCUUCCAGCCAAAGCUUGAAACGGACACGAGUCCUCACUGAAAAUCAAAGGAUCCAUGCUGACAAACCCGCAGGAACUACGAAUGGUGGUGAAGUCAUCAAGAGUGCCAAGCGGCGAAACAAUGCCCAUCUUCAAGAACAAAAGGAACAACUCAAGCAGAAAUUUGUUCGCGAAUUGCAAUCCUUGGGAUUGUUCCAGCCCGCAUCAGCGUAUGUAAAGAAUGGAAUUCGACUACCGCCGCCCUGUACUCGAGUACUUUGGACCAAUACCAAGGGCAAGUGGUGUGGAAAGGCGCUCCUUUACGUAUUGCAAAUGGAGUUUGCGGAACUUUCCGAAAAUGAUCGCUUGGCCGAAAUCAUGCAAAAGGGUCUGCUGGCUCUGAAUGAUGUUCCCAUUACGAGCUUGGAACAAGCCGAGUCGAUACGACUCAAGAAUAUGGAUGUCAUUAGUCGUAUCACUCAUUGGAAUGAACCCCCGGUCCGCAUUCCCAACGGAACUAUCAACGUUCAAAAGAUUGCAUUGCCACAAAAUGUACUAGACGAAUACUCCUUCUUGGAAGAAGUAUCGUCAUCCGCUACCGUCAUUGUCUGCGACAAGCCAUCCACGGUUCCAGUCCAUCCUGCUGGUCCUUAUUUGGCAAACUCCUUGACCAUCAUGGUGGAAGCCCAAGAAGGUUUGGAACCAAAAUCCUUGAUUCCCUGCCACCGCAUUGAUCGGGUGACGAGUGGAUUGACCAUUUGCUGCACCGAUGCCAAGAUCGCUCGGUUGAUUCAAGGGCGCAUUGAGGAAGGGUCCGUCAAGAAGCAAUAUUUGGCCAUGGUACAAGGUCAAUUUCCUAGUUCGUUGGAAGAACUGAAUGGAUCUGGUCCUAUUUGUACGGACUUGGCCCAAUGGGAAUGGAAGAACGAGGAAAAGACAAUCAAAGUGAAUGGGCCCAUUGAAACUGUGGAUCCAUCCAAUGGGAUUCGUAAGAUUACAGCCAAGGGCAAGCCAUCCAGUAGCUUGUUUCAACUGAUUUCGUACGAUUCGCAAUCCAAGACUUCCAUCAUUUCUUGUUGCCCAUUGACCGGACGGAGUCACCAACUGCGAGUCCAUUUGCAAUGGCUCGGAUACCCAAUCAUGGAUGACAUUCAAUAUGAUGGCAAGCGACUGGACGAUGAAUUGACAACAACCAUGGAAGGAUACGAUCGAGUGGUACAAGCAAUGGAAAAAUUGCAGGAGCAGCCCAAGGAGGAGGGUCUUGCAAUAGCAACCACCGCGGCCGAAGAAGGAUUGACUCCCGCACAAGUGCAAGCCGCGAUUGAAACCUCGUCGUGUGCCCGAGAUGUUACUUCUGCCUUUACACCAUCGCAACUAUUGCAAGGUGGCCAUGCGAUUUGCCUUCACGCCUAUCGCUAUCAAAUCCCAUUCUUUGCCAAGGGCAGCAAGCAACAUAAAAAAAAGGACAAGCAGCAGGGCGAUGAUCAUCCUAGUAGUAGUAUUGCGAACUUGGACUUGCAAGUUCCAUUGCCGACCUGGGGAACAAGUGUCGAUACUGCAAAGAUUCAAUGGUUAAAAUAA